CUCACCUUUGAACUUUCUGCGAUGGCAUGUUGAAUUUAGUUUCGGUAUUCGGCAAUAUCGUCUUCGUCAUUCAUGAUGGUGUGUGUUCUAGUGUGUAUGAUAAAUGGUUAGACCGAACGUCCUUCUCUUUAAGGGAGGUAGAAAGGAAGAUAAUAAAUUAAUAUUUUAUAUUUUUUAAGAAAAAAAAAGACUUGAUUAUUAAUAACACCAAUGCCUUUUUCAAUAUCACAUUACGAGAGUAGUACUUAAAUUGUUAGAAUGAACUGCCAUCAAGUUUUAACUGGGGCAGCAAAUGCUGGAGAUCACUGCUACUCAGUUGGUAGUGUUGAAGGUGUGCCCUUUACCGCAUAUGCAUCAGGAUGCAAUAUUGUGAUUCUUGCUAGUAAUUUUCAGAGGGUACAAAUCAUACCUGGUUUGAUUCAUGGAAAUAUUCAAGUUGGGUGUUUAGAUUCUUCAACUGAUGUUGGAAAAAUUGCAGCUGCUUAUGGAAAUGAAGUUUGCAUUUAUGAGCCUACCCCUCUUUUAAAUCAAUCAUCUAGUCACCGUUUAGAUUAUCAGUGGGUUCAAACAGCUGCUAUUAAAACUGAAUAUCAGGUUCAAGUACUGUCAUGGAAUUUAUCAGGAACACGUUUGUUACUUGGGGGUGCAAGUAUACAGCUGUGGCAGUUGUCACUUGCAGGAGAGGAUGAUGUCAUUGAAGAAGAACCUACAAAUAUUCAAGUGAAAUGCACUACUGAAGAUGGUUCUGUUCAAGAUAUUGAUGAACAAUGUAAAUGGAACUGUAUUUGGACAUGCAAGACAGCUCAACCUGUAGCUUUUCUCAAGUUUUCUCCUGAUGGAACUUUAUUUGCAACUGCUGGAAAAUCUGACAGAUUGGUAAAAAUCUGGUUUAGCAGUAAGAUAGUAAGUUUUUCAUCCCAGCGACAUACUGGUCAUCAUGGAGAUGUAAAUUAUACCUUCAUUUACAUAGCUCAUCCUAGAGCUAUAACUGGUCUUUCAUGGAGGAAAACAAGUAAAUUUAUGCCAAAGGACUCUGUUGCUAACAUGCUUGUAACAUCUUGUCGGGAUAACAUAUGCCGGAUAUGGGUGCAGACUUUAAUGCCUGAAGAUGGGUUAGUCGAUUUGCAGCAAAUUGAAAGUGUUGCAUGUCAAAAUCUCAGAGUGCAAACACAGAGGCAUAGAAGAAAAAUCAUGCAAAGAUUAAAACACAUGAAGUCUUUCAAUCAGUUUAAAAAACACCAAGCUAGCCAAUUUACUGAAGAUCCACAUGAACCUAUAGCUGUUCUUCCUAGUACAUACAGUGUUCAUGAUUUUCAUAGUUUUGGAAUACAAGGCUCAGGUGUAACACCUAGUUUGCAUUUUCAUUUAGCCGGAAGCAUAAAUGCAGAAACAGACAUUCCAUUAGUGCCUCGAUUAAGUGGUGGACGAACUAAGGAGCCAAACUUUGUUGUCCAUUGGUUAAAUAAUAAGGAAAUGGCAUUCACUCAUGCUGCUGAGCAUCUACUGCAAGAUGUUAGUGAUAAAGUUUUACAAUUGCAACGAAAAAAUGAUCUGUCUCAUGCAGAACAAGAGAAUGAUAAAGUUGAAAAUGGAUUCAAGCCAGUCUCCUUGGAUCGAAAAGUCAGCCAUCCCAAGUCAGAAUCGACAGAAAACAUUAAUGAGCCGUUGGGUAGUAAAGUUAGCUCCCCAUCUGCAUCGUCUUCUACUUCAAUUGCAACAGAUACAUCUAUUUCUCAAGCUCAGAGUUAUUCUGGAGACUUUAUAGAUAGAAAAAUCGAAAAGUUACUUAGAGACUGGCAUAGGUCUCCAGAUUUACUAUUCAGUGUUUACCCUGUAGAUGGCAGUUUUUUGGUGUGGUUAGUGGACUGGCUAGAUGAGUACAAUCCAGGAUCCUUUCGACAAGCUCAAGUUAGCUUUGCCUCACGCAUUCCAAAUGCCAUUCCUCUCAGUGAUGCAGCUACUAUGUCUCAUCAUAUGUAUAUGUAUUCUCCUCACGCAGGGUUAGAUCUUCGACUAGCAAUAAGCGCAGCUGUCUCUGAACAAAUGAUUAAAGAAAAGGUGGAGCAGAAGGAAGAGGCAGCAAAGCAAAACGCUGUGCAACAGCAGCCAUCCGUGGAUUAUGUACAGUGGAAACGAAAUGUAAAUAAGCAUCUCUCACAAUACUGUGCAUUAAGAUCCACUACUCCUACAGUAUGCAUGUUAACUAAACACAGUAAUGGAAGCUUAAAUUUGUGGCAUGUUUCUUUUGCUGAUACAUCUCAGUAUACUCAGGUAUUAAGCAUUGGACACUUUAGGCGUGUCUGUGGUCACAGAUUUCGUAUUAAUGACAUCACAUGCCAUCCAGUUCUUCCUCUGUUGUUGACAACGUCCCACCAUAAUUUGCCUGACAAAAACCAGAAUGAUUCAGGUGCAGCUAGUCCUACUGUUCCUACUAGUCCUUGUCGCUGUAUAUCCCAGCCUAUGGGAUUUCAGUCAGGUUUUUGUAGUGAGCUUAUACUUUGGAAAGUGGAGCCAGUUGGUCCACUUUCUAAAUCAGGUGGUGUCACCGAAUUAGCUAGAAUAAAUUCACCAGAAACUGCAGCUUUUGCCAAUGUAGCUUGGAUACCCACACUGUUGCCUAGUACUACUCAAGGAAGUAUUUCUAACUCACCAAGUGCUUGUUUUGUGGCUUCAGAUGGCCAUCAACUAAGAAUAUACCAAGCUGUAAUUGAUGCUCGGAAUCUACUAGCAGAAAUUUCUAAUUCCUCCCGUCGAAACAAUACACAAGAUAUGAGCCAAAGUACUAGUACCUCAUCUGGAUUAGGUUAUAGGCACAGUACAUUACAAGAUGCUUUUAAAAUUGUGAGUGAACAGUCAACUUCAAGACCUGGUUGUGUUAUUGAGCUGGACUCAAUAUCUGAUGCGACUCAUGAUUGGCAAAACACUCAGCUGUUACAUGUGUUUCAAGAGCAGUUACUUUCCAGCUGUCCCAUGAGACGAAAUCGUAUGGCUGCGAGUAGUAUAAGCUUUGUUCAACCAGAUUUGCAAGCCAUUGUAGAUCUUAGACAUAAUUCUAAUUUUGAGGAGCCUUUCUAUCUAGUCAUUUUAGAGAAACAAGACAACAGAUCUGUAAUACAUAUGUGGAAAAUUGUAAUUGCUUCUCCAUUUGCUGCUGAAGAUCAAGAUCCCAAUAACUUUGUUUACAUGGCUGAUAGUAAUUUAGUUCAAGAAAGUGAUCACUCUAAUCAAUCAUCUAGAAGCCAAACACCUGAGCCAGCACAUGAUGGCUCUCAAGCAUUUUCUCAGGCAUCUCCACUUCGAAUAACUACAGUAAAAGUUUGCACUCAAGUAAUGCCUUUGCCAGACGAUGUUGAGAUUGUCCAUGCUAGUCCUGCUGCUGGCCAUUUAAGCUCAUCAAAUAUUUAUCCGGCUUGUUUUGCUCCAUAUCUCAUAUGCACUGCUUGUUCUGAUUAUAAUGUUCGGUUUUGGAAGUGUGAAAUCACUGAUGUGGAAGGUAGUGAUACGCCAGAUUAUUCGUGGGUUGAAUGGGAAAUGAUGCUUAAUAAAUCUUCUAGUUCUGUUAGAGUCCCAGGUCAUCCUUUAUAUGUGAGCUGUGCUUAUAGUGGUCGAAUGGCCUGUGCAUUCAAGCAUGGAAAGUCCUUCUCUAGACACAAUUCUCCAAAUCCUGAAAAAAGAUAUGUAAAUAUUGGCGUAUCGAUUUUUGAAUGUGAAUCAACUGGAGGAUCUGAAUGGGUAUUAGAGGACACCAUCAAUUUAAGAAACAUUAGCUUACCUCUCCCAAAGCUGAAUUUAAAUUUAGACUCAUUAGUAGAAUCAUCUCAAAGAAAUAAAAGAACUGCAGACACUCUUUUACAAAAACUCUCGACAGAAGAAACUGCGAAUGAGCGUUUGCCUUUACAGAGACUCUUAUCUGUACCUAGCUAUGCAACACUGCAGACUUUGAGACAAGCUAUUGCUGAGAAAGGAAAUCAAGAUCUUCUUGCUCCUAAGUCAAUUGUUCAAAUGGACUGGGUAUCAGCAGAAGAUGGUUCUCAUAUACUUACUGUAGCUAUUGGAUCUAAAAUUCUACUAUUUGCUCCUGUAUCGAAUGAUAUUGCACAAGCUAAUGUGCAAGCAAUGAAAGCAUCUAAGUCUGCAAGUCGUCCACUGUUAAAGCAAGCCUCAUCAAUGGUUUUGCCUCUGUCUUGUAAUGAUGAAAUAAGGUGGAUGCGAAUUAGAAGCACACCAUUAAAAACAGCUGAUUCUUUACUUCCAAUACCAAUGCAACUAUCUUGGGUUCGUCAUGGUAUUUUAGUUGUAGGAAUGGAUAGUGAAAUGCACAUAUAUUCUCAAUGGCGAGUUCCAGCUGAAGCUGCUGGGCAAAAAACUGCUCCUGAGAAAGAUGAGCCUUUAGUUGAUGAUCGCAAACUUACUGAAGAGGAGCUUCUCGCCAGAGCACAAGAAUCAUCCCAAUUGAGGAUACCAACGGCAUCUGGUACCCUUUCUCGAUCAACUUCUAGCUCUGUUUUGAGUACAGCAGCUGAAACCAAAAGAAAGAAAUCUGAACAGGCCACUAAUAAACAACAAAGGGAAAGUGUUGGAAGUAUUGGACCUAUGCCAGACUUUGGACUAUUUGAAGCUAGCAGAUUGGCAUGUCCAGUUCUACCUCAAUAUCACCCAAAGCAGCUAAUGGAAUUAUUAGGUUUUGGAAAACUCCGGCGCGUUAAAGCCAUAUUGAGCCAUCUUGUUAGAUGUCUGUCUGGUUCAGAAAAUAUCAAGAAAUCUUAUAUACAGAUGCAAGAGUCUGUAGGAAAUGAAGAAGAUGGUGAAGAAGGUAGAUCGUGGUCUCGCACUCGAGCUAUGUCUCUCGCUGCUAGUACGUCUCCUCUGCCUCACAGUCCUAAUGAGCGCAGCUCAGUGUCAAUGUUCCCUGAAGAAGUGACUUUAGAUUAUGUUGAAAUUCAGUCUAUUCCACCUUUGCCGCUAUUUAUUCUUAUUGAUUCAGAUAAGGAAGCAGCUCAUUCACAAGUCGCUUCUACUGACAAUGAGGGUGAAAAUGAUCAAGAUUAUAGUGGCUUAUUUGACCUUUCUGCCACAGUAGAAGAAAAUCUGGACGAUUUGCUUCAUACCAGAUCGGUUUCAAGUGAUACUAAAAGAGAAAGACCUUCAUUUAGUGUUAAUGAUAAAAAAAUUAAUUUGACAAAUUUCAGUCCAAAUCAGGCUGCUUUGCUUACUAGAUUCUUGACGCAUUCACACCUACCGGGCCUUUCCAGCUUAGAUCAAAUGCACCUAUUAGCACUGGCAGAUACUGUUGCAUCAUUUAACACAGCCCUAACCGAUAGAUUUGGCGUUGAACCAGUUGUUGCUAAAGACUCACCUAAAACUAAUCUUGAAGGCCUUAAUGUUUGUGUUACUACUGAUUCUUUGGAUGAUUGUGGAUUGAGAUUCCUUUUAGCAAUGAGACAUUUUAUUUAUUUGCUUCGUUGUCUUCCUCUUGGCCAACGAGCUCAACUUCAAAAUCAAGGCUUGGGAAGCCAUAGUUUGGUAUGGGCAUUCCAUUCUGAAACUCAAGAAGAACUACUACAACUCAUUCCGUGUGUACAAAAAGGAAAUCUCAAAUGGAGUGAAUUAAGGGAACUCGGAAUUGGCUGGUGGGUAAGGAGUAAUGCUGUACUCAGGCGGCUAAUGGAGAAGGUAGCUAAGGCUGCAUUUCAAACUAAAAAUGACCCGAUGGAUGCAGCUCUUUAUUAUUUAGCUAUGAAAAAGAAAACUCUUCUUUGGGGCUUAUUUAGGUCCGUGCAAGAUAAUAAAAUGACAGCAUUUUUUCAAAAUAAUUUUACUCAAGACAAAUGGAAAAAAUCUGCUCAAAAGAAUGCUUAUGUCCUCAUGGGAAAACAACGAUUUAAACACGCUGCUGCCUUUUUCCUUCUUGGGGGAGACUUAAAAGUUGCUGUUGAGAUAAUAUUAAACAAUUUAAAUGAUCUUCAACUUGCUAUGGUGGUUAUUCGCUUAUAUGAGGGAGAAAUUGAUACAGUCACUCCAUCACUAAAGAAAUUACUAUUUACAGAGGUGUUAGGUUGUGAAUCUGAUGGUACAAACUAUAUUCCAUCCAAAGCAUACCCAGAUCCAUUUAUUAGAUGUAUGGCUCGUUGGAUUCUUCAGGACUAUUGUGGCUCCUUAACAACUUUAUUACAAACUGAUGUUGGGUAUUCUCAUCCAAAAGCUGCAGAAAUGGAGAAUUCUGGUGAUCGUAUGUCUGCUAAUCCAGGAGUCUUUAACUUUUACUUGUUCCUUCGUACUCAUCCUUUGGUUGUUCGCCGACAACGAGCUCAAAACUUGUUUGAAAUAAAGAAAAGCAAAGCAGCUGGAAAAUUAGGUUCUCAAAGUGAAAGCUUGGAUGUUGAAGAUCUACCAUUUGAAGACACUAUAACACCUUUGGAACGUAGGCUGUUUUUUACAACUGCUCAUGCUCACUUCCGAGCUGGUUGCCCUGCUUUAGCUCUUGAAGUUUUGUCUCGUCUGCCAAACCGAGUCUUAACAGAUGGGCCCAUGUCUCCUGAUGAUGCUGUAUUUGAUUUUGCAAAUGUACUUAAAAACAGUGAUGAUGUGAUUGCAACUGGUACAUUUGCUUCUGAUGCAACUCCUAAAGUGCAAGUCGGUAAGAGUAUGGAAAGCAAUAAGAAGGAAUCAUCAGCUGAUUUUGACUGGGGAGCUCCCGUAUCAACAUCCAAUCAAAAUAGCUCUUCAGACUUCGACUGGGGUACUCCAGCGUUCCAACCAAGAGAACCUGAGUUGGAACUGGAUCUUGAUUUGAAGAUCAGUGAUGAUGAAGAAUCUGAAGAUGGUAUUGAAAUUAAACCAUCUGAAAUACCCAGUGAAGAUAAUGAUGGAAGAACUGAGCACACUUGCAACUGGUUAUGAAGUUGAUGGAGGUCAGUUACGCUAUCAAUUGUACAUAUGGUUAGAAAAAAGUGUUUCAGCCCUUAAGGACCUUUGUUUGUAUGGGUGGUCUUCUGAAGAUUUCAGUCAAUCAGACAACUCAGAAUCUAUGACAGUUGAUCGAAGUCCUCGUAGUAGUACUACUCAAGGGGAUAGUGCAAUAGAUUUCCAUCAUCCAAGACCUUCUCUCCAUGAAAUACUUUUAGCUGACAAAAUGGACUUUGAAGCUAAACUGCAACGUGCUGGUAGACGUAAACAUUGGUUAAAAGCUAAUGAAGCAUUAAUUCGAACUUUGUUGAGUUAUUGCAGUUUACAUGGGGCACACGGGGGUGGGUUAGCAGCUGUUAGAAUGGAAUUAAUUCUUUUACUUCAUGAACUUCAGCAAGAACGUUCAAGGCAGCAACUUCUAUCACCUUUGCCUUUUCCAACUACAUUGCCUUUACUUGCAGCCAGCGUUGCAUGCCAAAAGACAGUUGUUGCUGACCCCAUCCGUCAUUUACAGUCUCUAGUCCAUGAUAUCCUAUUAACAAUUAUUGACAUGUCAGAGCCCCCAACUGUUUCUAGUUCCAACUAUUCACACAUUAUGGUUUUACGAGAUCUGAGCACAUCACUUUCAGCCUGUAUUUAUGAAUCUCUUUGUGAUAGUGAUACUUUUAUUGUUAAGCAAGGUGGUUCCAAAGGUCUUACUAUGGAAGAACUAAUUAGCUCUAGUGUUGUAUAUCAAAACAGUCAUCUAUUAGCUGGGCAUCUAGGACGAGAUAGACAUUGUAGUGGAGAAGAGGAUAUGAAAGUUACUACUCCGCCUCACAAAUGGCCAGGUGUUGCUUCACUACGGGCUCUCUUAGCACAAGAUAAAGAUGAAGAUUCACCGAAAUUACAUACCCUUUUGUGUGAAGCAUUUGUCAGUAUCUAUCUCAGUCAACUCAUUCAUGCUCUGUCCACAUGUGAUUGUCAUGUCUUGUACCGUUUAGCAGGCCUCAACUUCACUAAAGAUACAUGGGCUCUUUUGUUUGGUGGUGGAGCCAAAUUAUUACUUCAUGUAUCUACCAUUAAUUCAUUAGAAUCAUCAGAAAGCAGUACUACUGAAUCUGGCACCAGUUUACUGGAUUCCCUCUCUCGACAGAGAAUAAAGUUUCACAUGAAGCUCCUUGGUCAGUUGGGACAAACUACCACUCAACCCACCAUGAAGGAAGAUAAACCCACGUUUAGAGAACAAUUUGUUCCACCAAAAAUGGCAAUGGUUUCUUUGUUUAUGUCCAAAGCACAGUUACCUCAAGAAUGGCAAGAAUUAGAUUAUGAUUCAAAUGCUUCCUUACCAAGUGAUGAAGAUGAUGAGGUUGCUGAAGAGAAUGAUGUUGAUGAUGUAUUUGGUGGAACUACUGAUGACAAUCAGUUGACUAGUAAACGAAAGAAAAUUGGUUCAGAUUCUGGUGGGUUAGAUCAGCUUGAUCCAACAUCUUACACCUGGGGCAUUCUUCGUUAUGCUAUAGUGAAACUUGCUCUGAAGCACGUCAAAACAUACCUUAAUAUUGCUGGAUUUGAAAUGCAGGAACUACCUGUUGUAAGUCCACUGAUUCAAGCUGUAUUAAAAUGUAUGGAAUUUUGGCUUAAAGACUUAAAAGAGUUCAUGGAUUCUUUUGAGGGGCCUCCACCAAAUUACAUUCCUGGUUGUUUUGCUUCUAAUUCUCAAACUGGGCCUGCCUUGCUCAAAUACUCUACACUACUUGAAAUUCAAAAUACUCCAUUUAGGUCAAACCAUCGAGUAGUUUUACCUGUGAAACGGUUGUGGAACUUCUUAGUUAGACAAGAGCAUGUUCAAGAUAUAUUUAUCCGUUAUAUUUACCAAUGUAAACCUGUACCAAUACCAAAGGAUGAAGAUCAAGGAAUUGAUGGUGUGGAAAGUAACUCCAACAAUCAAAAUAUUGUUAGAGUUAUACACAAAGAUCAAGAUACUAUUAAUACUUUCUGCAUAAAUCGAGUAAAACCUGGUAUAAUAGCAUUAGCUACUACAAAAGAAAUUCAAGAAAUUGAUGUAUCGACACUUCUUCAACCAGUUCCAUGGUUGAGAGAAGAAGCUGAAUUUGAAGCUAUGAAUUUAUUAAGAACCCCUGAUAAUUUACCAGCCACAGAUUACCUAGUUAUUCAACACCCACAGGACUCUUUAACAAAUGCUUCUGCUGUAUCCACACCAACUGGGUCAACUCCUUCUGUUGGAGCACAUUCAUCCAAAAAUAUGAAAGGUCUCAACUUUCCUGGCUGUACUAACCCCCAAUUCUGCCAAUUAGUUUUACAAAGAAGCCGUUAUAUGUUAAAACCGCUAAAGAAACAUAAAAUUGAUGGUGUUCGGAAAUUAACAUCUCAUCCCUUGAUGCCUGUUUAUCUCUCAGGUUCUCAAGAUGGUUCAGUCAGCCUAUGGGAAUGGAAUCAUGCACAACCCAUUUCAUCACCCAGGCAAGCUGGAACGUUUGCUAAAGUCACCAGAAUUUUAUUCAAUCUUCAAGGCAAUAAAUUUGGAGUUACUGAUGGAGAUGGUAUUAUUAGUCUUUGGCAAGUGGGUCUUGGCCACGUUAGUAAUAGACCCUUUUUUUCUACACAGUGCCAUUCUAAACAAGCAAAUGAUUUUACGUUCCUAAGUUCAUCUAGUCUUAUAGCUACUGCAGGCCAGUCAGCAGACAAUAGAAAUGUCUGUUUAUGGGAUACUCUCCUCCCUCAAGGAAAAUCCUUGAUAUCAAGUUUUCAGUGUCACGAAAGUGGAUGCUCUUCAAUAUUAUAUGCUUCUCAAAAUCAUAUACUUAUAUCAGCUGGAAAAAAAGGCGAUAUAUGUAUAUUUGAUGUAAGGCAAAGGCAAUUAAGGCAUAAAUUCCAAGCCCAUGACUCUCCAAUAAAAUGUUUGGCCUUAGAUCCAAGUGAAGAAUUCUUUGCUACUGGUUCUGCUGAUGGUGACAUUAAAGUUUGGGGUUUGAGUGUUCAUGUUAAACUAUGUUCCUUUGCUGGUGAACAUACAAAAAGCUCUCUAUUCCGAAGCAUCAGCAAUGGGGUGUCCCAGCUAGAAAUAGACGAAAUGGGUCGACUUUUUUCAUGUGGUGCAGAUGGUUCACUGAAGUUCAGGACCCUUCCAGAUCAUGACAUAGUAAAUUCUAUGCUAUAAACUUAAAUUUAUUAAAUUUUGUGUGUAAAUGCAACGAAGUCCUUUCUCCUAGACAUGAGAAUUAUCUGUGAUUUAAUGGAUCUCUUUUUGACUGAAGUCAGAUGAUGUGUUUGAUAUAUGCAUAGAUGCUUUUUUCUCAGGUUUGUGCAGGAUUUACAUCGUUGUUAUUUGUUGAAAUUGGUGCUGCAAAAUUUUGAAAUCAAUUAUGUAACGUAAUCAUUGUCCUUGCUUCUUUUUAAAGUAAAAGAAAUUGAAAAACACCAAUUAAUCAAAAAGUGCAAUUGACUGAUUGUUUCAAUUUAUUUAUUAUUAUUUUUUUGCAUGGAAUUGUAAAAUUUUUUUUAAUGUUUUAUUGUUGUGUUAUUUGCAAGUACUGUGCCUAUGAUAAAAUGCUAUUCUCUGUUGCAUAAAAUAGCUAAGGUAAAAUAUGGCAGAAUAAAAAUACAUUGUUCUAAGUAUUGUAUUCAUACUCAUUCUGUUUCAGUUAAAAUAAUUUUAGCAUGCACUAGCAAAUAUGAUAAAAUAAAACAUAACAUUUUAUGAGACUUUUUGUCAUCUUUAAAAGCUUUGAGUGUUGCCACUAGGUUGAAAGUGGGUGUGAUAAAUGGAUAGUUUGCCUCAGGCAAAGUAGUUCUUAAUAUCUUGAAUGUAGGUAAACCUUUUUUUUUCUUUAGCAGAUAGAAGUUAAUCUUAUAUUUUAUUUUAAGUUAAUGCCAUUAGUUUACAUUCAUAGGUGCAGUUCUUAUAAAUAAGCACUUCCAUUAUUUUAAUAGUGAUUUAUCCAAUUGUGAUAUUUUAACAUACCAAAAAUAUUAUCAUUUUUCAUUGGAAAUUUUACUAAAUGUCUAUAAUUCAACAAGCUUUAUUUAAUAUCAAUUUUAAUUCGGAUUAAUCCAAACUAUUAAAAUUGGUAAAUCUAAUCAUGAAGACUGAAAUGAGCUGGCAUGAAAAAAUAAUCAUUAAAUCAAGUGCUGUUUCACUUUUACUGGUACAGUCCAUUUGACAGUAAGCUAUUUUAUUUAAUGUAUUUGUGUCUAUUUGAGCUUCAUAUAAAGUGUCAAAACAUUAUUUUUCUUCUUUCAUCUCAAGGUACAGCAGAAUAGGCAUUCCAUUUUGUUAAUUCUACUAAACUAUGUGUGUUUUUAUUGUAAUUUUAUCUAUUGUCGAAGUGUUUGAAUGUUACAUCUCUACGUGAUUGAUAAUUAAAACCUCUCAUCAGAAAUAAUGUAACAUUUGUAAAAAAAAAAAUUUAAAAAAAGAAUUGUUUUCUCACUUAUAGUACGUGUUUAAAACUAGUUGUGUCGGUACUUCUCCAAAGUCUACUGUUGUUUACAAUACUUGAGUUGUUCCUCUAAAAUCAUUGAAUAUUUGUAUGAAUAAAUUAUUUCAUUCCAGAUGGCUUAUCGUUAUGCGAGUAUAAAGAAAUGUUAAACAGUAUUUUAUCAUCUUUUUAGAGUUUGUUUAGUUUUUCAUUUGUAUAUUUAUUCAAGUUUCUCAAUGACAAAAGAUGUUACUUAAGUUUUGUAAAGAAAUUUGUAAAUUAUAAACGAGUUUAUAUUCUUUGUGUGAUAUUAUAAAGUAGUUGAUAUAUAUAUAUAUUUAUCUGUAUAGAGUUGUGUAAAAAUAAAAAUAAAAAACUGAAUUUAUGCAAUUUACAAGUAUGAACUGAAUCAAACUUUACUAAUUUAGAAUGUGAUCAAUAUUAUAAGUGACAAAUAAAAAAAAGCACAUUUA